AUGCUAUUUGGCAUUGAGGUCGACAACUUCUCAGACCCAAUGGUGGACUGCACCGAGAGCAAGAGCAGGUUCAGAGCAGAUCAACUGAUGUGGGCCAAGGUGGAGCUUGAGGAACGAUUUUGGUUGGGAAUUGGGGUUUCAAGAAUUGACACUGCCAUCGAGGAUGAUCGCAUCGUCGGCUAUGUGUCAAUGGCCAGCCACAAGCCGUUUUCUGCUUUGACUUGUUUCCGUUUUCCCUGUUUUCCCUUUCUCCAGGUUGAGGAUGGAAAUGUGGAGAAGGCCUUGGAGAAAGCAGCAAAGCGAUUGAAGAAGGAGCAGAUAGACCCGCAUUGCGAUCUGCUUGGUCUUGCUGUGUACGGCUGUGCUGUAUGCUCUCGCGCAAUCUGCGGCUUUGGCCCAAAAGACACGCAAUCUUGCGGGCCAUGGGGGUAA